AUGUCUUACGAGAAAGAGAGACAUCAACAUAUGGAGCGCGUCUCUACCGACAACGGACAUGACCUGGACGAGAAACAUGCUGCCGCUAAUGUAGUCGAAGCGCAGCAGGUCGCCUCCCAAUGGGUUGAGAAUACCAUCGAGGAAAAGAAACUUAAGCGCAAGCUUGACUGGCGCAUCCUGCCGUGCUGCUGGGUACUGUAUCUACUGGGGUAUCUUGACCGGGCUAAUAUUGGAAAUGCCAAAACUGGCGGCCUGGAGGAUGAAUUUGGUCUUUCCUCGUCGCAAUACUCUAUCAUUGUGCUCGUCUUUUUCGUCUCGUACCUUGUCUUCGAGGUCCCGGCCAAUAUGAUCUUGACCCGUGUACGACCGAGUGUGUUUCUUCCUGGAUUGGCUCUUGUCUGGGGGACGUUUGCUGCGCUGAUGGGCGCCACGCAUAACUGGGGUCAAUUGGCCGGUAUGCGGUUUCUACUUGGGUUUGCGGAGGCUGGCUUUGCCCCUGGGUGUGCGUUCUUCCUGUCGUCGUGGUAUCGGCGGUAUGAGCUUGCGACGAGAUAUGCUCUUCUGUAUACAUCUGUCCCACUAGCUGGGGCCAUAUCUGGCCUUCUUGCAGGUGUCAUCACCGACCAUAUGGACGGCGUCUCAGGAUUACCAGGCUGGAGAUGGCUCUUCAUCCUCGAAGGUCUCGGCUCCAUCGUCGCCGCAAUAAUCAUCUACUUCCUCAUGCCGGACUACCCAUCAACCAGCAAACGCUUCCUAAACGAGGAGGAGAGAAUGCUGGCGUGCAACAGACUCGCCGUCGACGGUAUCGCCCUAACCCAAGGCAGCGGCGCUGAGCAUAUCCCGCACUGGGAGGCAUUCAAGAUGACCUGCCGCGACUGGAGGGUGUGGGCGCAGUGCUUCCUCUUUGUGCUUGUCACCGGUGCCCAGACGAUGCAGUACUUCAUUCCAACGCUUGUUGAGAGUUUCGGCUGGACGGGGCCUGAUGGGCAGUACCAUACAAUCCCAGCAUACAUGGCCGCCCUCGUUUACGUCGUCGUCUGCUGCUACCUCGCCGACAGAUACAAAGCCAAAUGGCAAUUCAUCUGUGGGUUAUCCGGCGUGGGCUGCAUCCUCUUCAUCGCCGUCGCCACCACAAGCGACAGAACAGCGCAGUACGUGCUCACCAUCUUUGCCUUCGGCACUAUCUACGGCUGCUCCCCGCUGGUGAAAACAUGGGUUUCCGAUGUGAUCCCGCAGCCGGCAGCGAAGCGCGCGAUUGCGAUUGCGCUGAUCAAUGCGAUUGGAAAUGCGAGCUCGAUUUAUUCGUCGUGGUUGUGGCCGGAUGAGGAUGCGCCGCGGUAUAUUGCGGGCUUUGCGACGACGACGAGCUGGUUGGGUGUUCUUUGUAUCUGUGCGGCGGUGUUUGCGUAUUUCUUCCAUAAGUGGCCUGUUAUUAGGGCUGAUCAUGCGGUUGUUAUGGCGGGGGAGUUGAGGGCUAGGAGGGAGAAAGUGACGGUAUAA